GAAGAAAAUUUAAGGACAAGGCAGACGGAUAAAGUCAUCACUUGUAAGGGGUUCACGUACUUCACGUUCUACUCCUCAGCUAUUGCAAAGGAGAUGUUGUACCACUUGAUAUGCAUUUUCUACUAUUCCCUUACUGUAUUGGCCAAUCUUGAAUCCACGGUGUUCAUCGUACCUUCACAGACCAGCGGGACGAGUCUGUUGUUGAACGACUCCAUAAUUCCACUGGAUUUCAACGAGACACAACGUAAACAGUUGAUCACUAUGGAUAUCCCACCCCCUUUCAAUGGCGCAUAUGAUCAACUGUAUCAAGUACGAGGACUUUCACCGGGGAGUAUCAACCAUAUCAAGCUUAGCUGGAGUGCACUUGACCCAAUUGACAUUGUAAAGUUUGAUGUUCUCCAACAAGAUGACGCUACGCUGAUUAGACUGAAGGCUGAGUACCACUGUUUCUCAUCAGAUCCCCAAUUUAUGGCAAAUGCCCACCCUGUCAAUGUGCUCAUCACGGCCACUGAUCUAACCAUAUACGACACAGCGGUAAACAUUUGCGAACAGGCUGUGAUGAGACGCUACGACAGUGCUGCUCUAAAGAAGUGGAACAGGGACGUGGAGAGGGAUUCGGUUCCUUUGAGCGAAAACUUUAGGAAUUUGAUGGAUGACUCUGUGAUGUUUGCCUCUGUCUCUAAGAUUGAAGAAUCGUGGAUUGACCUCCAUAACAAUCCAUACGACGAAGAGAAGCACGACCACGACCAAGAUGGCAUCAUGGAUGAGCUACUGGCGGUCUGUGCUGAUGAACAAGCUCAUGAAGAUGAUGACCAUUUGUCUGCGUCUCUAACUACAAUACUACAGAGGCGGCACACCGUACAACAUGCCGAUUCCAAAGUGACAUUUACAGAGUUGAGCGAUUCAUCGUCGAUCGAGUUGUCCAUCCGUGGCGGUAAGAGAAGUCGUUCACAUCGGAACUCUAACCAUCCAAUAACGCUGUCUGAUGGAAUUUCAGUACAAUCAGUGGUUAUUAUUGGGAUAUUUGUAACUGUAAGCUUUAGCUUGGGUUAUGCGAUGGGCUCAAAGAGGAUGAGAUUGGGUUAAGACAAGGUUUGUUUUGUCCUUGGCUGAUAUGUAUGGUAAUAGGUAAAUGG